CCUUGCUAAAUACACCUAGGACCCAGAUAAAUGCAGUUGUCAUUAUCAGCUGGUUGUGGCAAACAAUUUUUUUUAGUUUACGUGGAUUUCAUAUUGUAUUCAUUAAAAUUGGGUUGUUUUUUGUUAAAAUAGCCAAACAAUUUCGAUUAGAUAUUACUCUGCUAUACUAAAUUACAACCGACAUCAAGAUGAUUGAAGUCACAGAUCUGCAGAAAAUUGGUAUUGGUUUAUCUGGAAUGGGUAUUGCAUUCCUAUUUCUGGGUGUACUCUUCUUGUUCGACAAAGGCUUGUUGGCCAUCGGAAAUAUUCUAUUCUUAUCUGGCUUGGGUUGUGUUAUCGGUUUAGAGCGUACAUUUAGAUUUUUCUUUCAACGGCAUAAAAUCAAGGGUUCCAUAGCAUUUUUUGGCGGCAUUUUUGUUGUUCUUCUGGGUUUUCCCAUCAUUGGUAUGGCCAUUGAAUCGUAUGGAUUCUUUGCAUUAUUUAGUGGUUUCUUCCCCGUUGCCAUUAGUUUUCUAAGUCGGAUUCCAAUAUUGGGUUCGCUCUUCAAUACACCAUUCAUGCAAAAGCUUGUUCAAAAACUUGGCGGUGAUGCUGGCCGAACGAGGGACUCCACUAUGACAGGAUAGGACACGACCAAGGGAAGACGGAUUAACUUUCAACUUGAAAACACACAUUUUCAUUUCCAUAUCCUGUUGCAGCAGUGGUGAUGGAGUAUGUUCCACAUACUCCAAUUGCAGGGAAUCUUAA